CGUACCAACAACGACUCAGCACCCCGGGUGGUGAGCGGUGGGGACACCCUCGGCGGCGUGCUGAUUCCGGAGCCAGGGCUGACCCCAGCUCGAUACUUUGCACGGUGUGGCCUGGGAGAAUGAGUAGGAUUUUCGCAGGCCGAAGGGAAACCCGGCGGAGGAAGGCUUCCCUCGCUGGUGUAGCAGUUUCCGUUUGCCGAGACUAAUAGUAAACUUAAUACCUGUCGGAUGGCGCGGGGGUUCGUCUCGUUCCUGGGUUACAGAUGAAGAAACAGUGGUCUGAACCCCGAUUUAGUUACAUAUUAGCUGUGUGACCUUGGGCCGGAAACGGACUUAAACUGUCAUUUUUCUCAGCCGUGUAAUGCAAAUAGAGGACUUGCUGCGUGGGGCUGUGGGAAUCUGCCAGGAGUUAAUGCAUUUAAAGUGCUUAGCACAAUGCCUGACACACGCACGCUGCAUCUUACACCAGUUCAGUUACAUAUUUGUCUCCAUUGUCAAACGCAAGGCACUGCUAGAUGCUGAGAGCAACACACUGAUGCAAAAGACUUGAAACUUGCCCUUAAGGAGCUAAUGUGGCCUGAAAGUCAGGUAAGAGGAAGAACUGGAGGGGGAUAGAAAAUGAAAGAAUAGAAGAAGCCAAAGAGGAAGGGAGAAACAAAAACAAAACAAAUCCAAGAAGAUGCUUAGAUGUUUAUUAUGAGACAUGGUGUGCUCAACUCUCAUAUGAUGUUGGUAUUCCACCUUGACUCCUCCCAGGGCUGAGGGCAGUCAGAUGGCAGGAUUUCUAUAGUGUAUCUAGCAUGAGUUCCAGAUCUUGGCAUUUUAUCCAGCUUCGACACUCUUAUCUCCACCUCCUGGAGAAUAAAUGGGAUUUGCAUGAAUUCCACAUUCUGAAUUGAAAGACAGACUGCAUUGCUAAUAGCCUUUUCUUCUGAUUGUUAAUAACAGCUCCAGAAAAUUAAAUGUCGUCAGAAGACCGAGAAGCUCAGGAGGAUGAGUUGCUGGCCCUGGCGAGUAUUUACGAUGGAGAUGAAUUUAGGAAAGCAGAGUCUGUCCAAGGUGGAGAAACCAGGAUCUAUUUGGACUUGCCGCAGAAUUUCAAGAUAUUCGUGAGCGGCAAUUCAAAUGAGUGUCUCCAGAAUAGUGGCUUUGAAUACACCAUUUGCUUUCUGCCUCCACUUGUGCUGAACUUUGAACUGCCACCAGAUUAUCCAUCCUCCUCCCCACCUUCAUUCACACUUAGUGGCAAAUGGCUGUCACCAACUCAGCUGUCUGCUCUUUGCAAGCACUUAGACAACCUGUGGGAAGAACACCGUGGCAGCGUGGUCCUGUUUGCUUGGAUGCAGUUUCUUAAGGAAGAGACCUUAGCGUACCUGAAUAUUGUCUCUCCUUUUGAGCUCAAGAUGGGUUCUCAGAAAAAGGUGCAGAGAAGGAUGGCUCAAGCCUCCCCCAGCACAGACCUAGCUUUUGGAGGAGCUGCUGGAUCCGAUGUUGACCAAGAGGAAGUUGUGGAUGAGCGAGCGGUGCAGGAUGUGGAAUCGCUGUCGAGUCUGAUCCAGGAAAUCUUGGACUUCGAUCAAGCUCAGCAGAUUAAAUGCUUUAACAGUAAAUUGUUCCUGUGCAAUAUCUGUUUCUGUGAGAAGCUGGGUAGCGAAUGCAUGUACUUCCUGGAGUGCAGGCACGUGUACUGCAAAGCCUGUCUAAAGGACUACUUUGAAAUACAGAUCAGAGAUGGCCAAGUUCAGUGCCUCAACUGCCCAGAACCCAAGUGCCCUUCGGUGGCCACUCCUGGUCAGGUCAAAGAGCUAGUGGAAACAGAGUUAUUUGCCCGCUAUGACCGCCUUCUCCUCCAGUCCACCUUGGACUUGAUGGCAGAUGUGGUGUAUUGUCCCCGCCCCUGCUGCCAGUUGCCUGUGAUGCAGGAGCCCGGUUGCACCAUGGGCAUCUGCUCUAGUUGCAAUUUUGCCUUCUGUACCUUGUGCAGAUUGACUUACCACGGGGUCUCUCCAUGUAAGGUAACUGCUGAGAAAUUAAUAGACUUACGAAAUGAGUACCUGCAAGCAGAUGAGGCCAAUAAAAGAUUUUUGGAACAGAGGUAUGGCAAGAGGGUGAUUCAGAAGGCGCUGGAAGAGAUGGAAAGUAAGGAAUGGCUAGAAAAGAACUCAAAGAGCUGCCCGUGUUGUGGGACUCCCAUAGAGAAACUAGAUGGAUGUAACAAGAUGACAUGUACUGGAUGUAUGCAAUAUUUCUGUUGGAUUUGCAUGGGUUCUCUCUCUAGAGCAAACCCUUAUAAACAUUUCACUGAUCCUGCUUCCCCGUGUUUUAAUCGGUUGUUCCAUGCUGUGGAUGUUAAUGGAGAUAUUUGGGAAGAUGAGAUUGAAGACUAGUUAACUCCUGCUCAAGAUAAGGAAAUGGAAUGGUUUACCCAAAUCUUGUGUCAAGUACACAAAAUAGUUUUGCAGGCUAUUUAGGGUACCAUUUAUGCACUCAUCCUUUGUAGAAGAUGUGGAAGAACAAGGUUUAUAUUUCCAUGUGAUACUACUGAUAAAGGCACAUGCACACAUUUUUCAAUGUAACAUAGAGAAAAUUAUAAGCCAAAGGUUCAAUGAAAACUAGAGAAUAUUAAAUACUACAGUGUGCCCGAAGCUCUGAAUAGUUAAAAAGUAAAUAUUUAUUUUCUUCCCCAAGCUUUAGGUGAAGAGAGGAGUCAAGAGUUAAAGUUAUAGACCUUUUUAUCUGAAAGCAUCCCUCUAAGACAUUAUGGGGGAGUCCCCUCAGUACUGCUCCUUAUGACUGGGGUAGGUAGAAAGAAGCCUUAUUAAAAUUGUACCAAGAGCCUGAUCUCAUUUACUCCAUGUCAUGUUCCUUUCACCCUAAGUUUCUGCCAAGUGACUUUUCUUUGAGGAAGCCCUUUUAGUCAGUAACUGAUUGGAUGACCCAGUGUCAUUUUGAUCUGCUUUUCAGAAUAGAAAUUUAUAGAUAAUUAAAAAAAUCUUUUUAAUGCCAAAAACACUGUGGGCCAGCUGGUAUUUAUUAGUGGGGUAUAGUUCACUGGUUUUGAGCCCAGUCUAGAAUUUAAUGAUACUGGCUCAGAAGAAUUUCAAUCCUAUUCAGCUCUUCUGGGCGGUAGAGCCUAGAUUCAAAAUGACUUGUCUUUGCUACCUUUUGUUCUACGCUCUCUCCCUUCACUCAUGCCCUACCUUCCAUUAGUAAGGACAAUUUUAAUAUUAACUCCAGCAGCUCAUAUUUUUAUUUAUGCUGGAAUAGGAGAAAGCCUAAUAUAUUCCCAAGCUGUACAAGCUGCAUUUUUAAAAAUUACCUCUAUUUUGAACUCCCCACCAUUGUAGUUCGAGUCCCAAUUUUCUGAAUUCUUUUUAAAGGUCUUCUCUAAUGAGCUAUGGAAAUUUGGCUUCCUACCCUUUUUUGCAACAGCACUAUUUUGGGGGAUAAUUUUGGCUUGAUUCCUAGAUCCCUGUUUCUGGAUUUUGAUGGCUUUUUGAAAAAUUGUCUUUCCUUGUGGUUUGGUGAAUGGCUUGGUAGCAAAAUGAUUUUUUGAAAAAGAGGACAGAGGGAUACAGCUGCAGCUGUAAACAUGUUCUUUUUUCCCAACUUGUCAUUGAAAAUUGGGGAAUCACUUUUAACCAUUUUAUGUGUGUGUAUCCAGAGUCAGCAAGGACUGUUUCUGGAUUGUCAAUGAGGCUGCUUAAUCUUAAAAAUAAAAAUAAUUUAAAAAUUGUCUUAUAAUUA